AUGGUCAACCAAGUCGAGUUGCUGCAAUGGUGCAUCAUGACGCGGCGGAACUUCAGCCGCACGAAAAAGUUGCGUUACCUGAGCCUGAUUGACUGCGUAGAGCGGCCCUUAAUUCCUAACGUGUCCUUUGACUUGGCACGCUACACUAACGCUAACUGUGAGCAUGAGUUUCGUUUCGACGUGGCUGGAGUCCAUGAGCUGUUUUCGUUGCUGCGUAUUCCAGAUGAAGUGGCUACUGUCUACAAUGGCAAGGUUCACGAUCGCUGUCCUGGUAUCGAGGAUAUGUGCAUCAUGCUUCGCCGCCUCGCUACCCCAAUGCGCUACUACGACAUGCUACACCCGCGCUGGUAUGUCCAAUGGCACCACCACUUGCAGCGACGCCAGUGCUUGUGA